AUGGAUUCUUUGGAAGAAGAAAUUUGGAAGAGUAGACGUGAGAGAAUGAAUAAUGCGUUGGCAACUGCGCAAGCCGCAGAGGGACAAGAUCGAGCAAAAACGUAUGCAGAUGCUCGAAAACUGGCUGAUGUCAUCAAAGGCGCUGACGUCGAAGAGUUCAUUUCCGAGAUCAAAAGGCUAGCCAAUCAAACCGAUCUGUCUGCUAUUUUCAAUUUCUCGGGGCUAUGGAGUGGUUCACUGCUCCACGUUGCAGCAGCCGCCAACAAGGACGACAUCCUAAGGCUUCUGCUUGAUCAUGUCAGGGACCGCCUCAUAGCAGCCAAAAAUGAAUGGGGAGAUACCCCACUCCACAUGGCCGCUAAGGCCGGGGGAUCUAGAGCCGCCAUGAUGUUGAUUUGCCGGGCAAGAAACCUCCUCAAUGUUGAGGACAAGAACCUGAUCCUGAGGAUAAAAAACAGACAUGGAAACACCGCUUUGCAUGAGGCCGUGUUAAGUGGUCACCUCAACAUGGUGCGCCUCUUGUUGAGAGAAGAUUUGGAGCCUGUGUACUGGAAGAACGUGGCUGAGAAAUCUCCCCUUCACCUGGCCCUCGACACCAAGAACUCCGCUAUACAUGAGGUUUUAUUUUCACUCUCGCUCGAACCAUCGAAGAUAGAAGGCAUGUCGCCCGUUCAUGGUGCUAUUGUACGUCAGGACUAUGAAUUAGUCGCCAAGAUACUCCAAUGGAACAAGAAGCUGUUUGCAAUGAGUGACUCUGAAGGGCACAAUGUAUUCCAUUUAGGUGCUUACAUCAAGUGGUCCCCACUAUUCGAUAUCUUACUACCGGAAAUUGAAUAUUUGGCCCGAGAACGGGACAUGAAUGGGGAUCUUCCCAUUCAUAUAGCGGUCAAGAUGGGCCAUGUUAACCUAAUCAAAAAGCUAUAUCCGAUAUCACAAUUGCCAAAUGGACAAGGACAAACCGUUCUUCAUGUCGCGGCAAAAUAUGGGAGAGCUUCAGCAGUGAGACAAAUACUCAGACAUCCAGAACUGGGAGAGCACAUAAAUGCAGUGGAUCAUGUUGGAAAUACACCUUUGCACUUGGCUGCGAUGCAUGCACAACCCGCUGCUUUGAUUCAUCUUUUGCAGGAUAAAAGAAUUUGA